CCGCGAGGCCUCUAGGGUGGGUUCGCCAGGAGGGCUGGUUCGCGCCGCGCGGUAGAGGGAGGCUGAGCGGGCCGGGCCGGGCGGCGGGGACACUGCGGUGCAGCCCUGCGCUCUGGAACGCGGAAUGUUGCCCUGGUCGCCGCCACGGUGGGGCGCGGGCCCGGAGGAGGCGCCCGAGGGACUAGGCCUUGUGGCGGGCAAGGACCAGGGCGAGCCCUGGAGCUCCGGAGCGGACGCCCCCAGGGAUCUGGGGACAUCCCCAUGGGACAGCCCACGGCCCCCAUCCCGUAGCCCUUCCUGGACCCGGAGUGAGCAGCUGCCGCUGCCCCACCGCCUGCCAGGCCCAGCCACUGAGCAGCCCCCCGGAGCCCCAGCUCCCCGUUCCCCCCAGGUGGCCUGGGAGGUGGACCCCUCAAGGAUGACUCCACUAGCGCCCUGGGACCCCAAGUACGAAGCGAAAGCGGGCCGUCAGCCGGUGUGGGGGGCCAACUGUAGCUCAGGAGCCUCGUUCUCAGGCCGGACGCUGUGUCACCCCUCGUUCUGGCCGCUGUAUGAGGCAGCCUCGGGCAGGGGUCUCAGGCCUGUGGCCCCUGCCACAGGGCAUUGGAAUGGACAGCAGGCGCACCCAGAUGCAGGUACCUCCCUUGGUCCUCUGGGGGUGCAAGGCUGCCCCAACUCCUCCCAGAACCAGUGCCCAGGGGUGGGAGCCCACAGCCUGCCACCCCAGUGGUGUUUCCUUCUAGGGUUCCCGGUGAUGUGCUGUGAAGAUGUCUUCCUCUCGGACCCUCUGCUGCCCCAGGGGCAGCGUGUCCCCCUGUACCUGUCCAAGGCCCCCCAGCAGGUGAUGGGCUCCCUGAAACUGCUGCCGCCGCCCCCCAUUAUGUCUGCCUGGGUCCUCCCCCGCCUGUCACCCUCCCGGAGCCCCUCCACCGCCUGGCUCAGUGGGCCGGAGCUGAUCGCUCUCACUGGCCUACUGCAGAUGAGCCAGGGGGAACCCAGGCCCAGCUCCUCCCUGGCUGACACGCCCCCUGCUGGUCCCCCAGACCCUACCUCUGACCCACCAAGCCCCUGUGGUAGCCCCAGCAGUUCUCAGGGUGCUGACCCCUCUCUCCCACAGACCCCAGACACCCAUUGUCCAUAGCCUUCUCGGGGCAGAAUGGGCCGGUUGUGUUGACAAUAAAGCAGUGUUGGUUUGCAAAA